AUGGACGAGAAUGAGAGGGACAAGAAGGACGAGAAAGACGUGAAUGACAAGGAAGAAAUGGACAACAAGGACGGGAAUGACAAGGAUAAGAACGACGACAAGGACGAGAAGGACGAGAAUGAAAAGGACGACAAGGACGACAAGGACAAGGACGACAAGGACGACAAGGACGACAAGGACGACAAGGACGACAAGGACAAGGACGACAAGGACAAGGACGACAAGGACGACAAGGACGACAAGGACAAGGACGACAAGGACAAGGACGACAAGGAGGACAAGGACAAGGAGGACAAGGACAAGGACGACAAGGACAAGGACGACAAGGACAAGGACGACAAGGACAAGGACGACAUGGACAAGGACGACAAGGACAAGGACGACAAGGAGGACAAGGACGACAAGGACGACAAGGACAAGGACGACAAGGACAAGGACGACAAGGACAAGGACGACAAGGAGGACAAGGACGACAAGGACAAGGAUGACAAGGACGACAAGGACAAGAAGGACGAGAAGGACGAGAAGGACGAGAAGGACGAAUGUGCUAUUGUCUAUCAGGACAAUCUGCACAUACAUCCUUGCAAUGAUAAACUGGCCCAUAUUUGUGAGAAGUACUUUUUCGUGUUGGUGAAGGAGGAGAAGUCUUGGGAGGAAGCUCUGCUCCACUGCAGGGCAAUGGGAGUGGACAAAGGGCUUCCGCCGGGUUCGUAUGAUCUCCUCAGCUUGCACACCCACGAGGACUUAUCCUUCGCCCAGGAAGAGCUGGUCCACGCCGGGACGAGGGAGGUGUGGGUCGGCCUGCGCUGGCUGGCGGGACGCUGGCUGUGGAUGGACGGGGAGGAACACAGCGUCUGGAAGUGUCCCGCCGACUGGACCCACUGUGGGAGUCUGUCUAGGCAGCGUCUGGACGCCAGGAGCUGUAUGGAGAAGAGGAACUUCUUCUGUCAGCGAGUGAAUGCUGUUAAUAAUGUUUAAUAUUAUUACAUAGAUGAUUCCACAAGCUGAACGUUUUUGUGCAUGUAGAUUUUAGGACAAGCUUAAAUCUAGUAGCUCUACGACAUCCAUUUUUACUAUGAAUAAAUGUUAUAUGCAACUAUUGUUCUUCCUAAAAGAUUAUAUUCUCCAUUCUUCCAAU